GCAGGGGUCCGGACCGCGAAGUCCGGGUCGGACUUUCGGGAUCCAUUUCUUGUCCUUUUCGUCCGAGGAAAGCGAGGAUAAGGGAAAUAAUGGCACCUCGGCGUUUCCUGUCCCUUCGGAGCUGUGCGGGGGCGGCUCCUUUCUCGGCCCCAGGGGCCCCUCCGCCGCCUCAAGGGAGGUCCCGGCCGCAGAUCAGAGGGCCGUGCGCUCAGUAGUUGAGCGGCAGUGGACCUCCUCGGACGCUCCAGCUUUGGGGCCCAGCACGUAGCAGCUGUAAAGAUUCAUUGGCUCCGUUUAAUUCAGUUCAGUGUCAUCAUCUGGCACAGGGAGUGCGCGCAGCCGAGAUUGGAGGAAGCGAUGGGCGGUCCCCAGCCCCGGCGGCUCACAGGAUCGCAGAUGGCCUUCGCCGCCCCAGCAGGAGACUAGGUAGUAUUUAGUUUCACAAUGUUUGGGGACUUAUUUGAAGAGGACUAUUCCAGUGUACCAAGUAAUCAGUAUGGAAAAGGGAGGAAAUUAAAGACCAAAACAGUGGAGCCACCUGCUCCUAGAGAAUUCACCAAUUUAAGUGGAAUCAGAAAUCAGGGUGGAACCUGUUACCUCAAUUCUCUGCUUCAGACGCUUCAUUUUACACCUGAGUUCAGAGAAGCUUUAUUUUCUCUUGGCCCAGAAGAACUCGGUUCUUUAGAGGAGAAGGAUAAUCCUGAUGCAAAGGUUCGAAUCAUACCUUUACAGUUACAGCGGCUGUUUGCUCAGCUCCUGCUCUUAGACCAGGAAGCUGCCUCCACAUCGGACCUCACGGACAGCUUUGGGUGGACGAGCAAUGAGGAAAUGAGGCAACAUGAUGUGCAGGAACUGAAUCGAAUUCUCUUUAGUGCUUUGGAAACUUCUUUAGUCGGCACCUCCGGCCAUGACCUCAUCAAUCGUCUGUAUCACGGAACCAUUGUUAACCACAUUGUUUGUAAAGAAUGUAAGAAUGUCAGUGAAAAGCAGGAAGACUUCUUAGAUCUAACAGUAGCGGUCAAAAAUGUAUCUGGUUUGGAAGAUGCACUCUGGAACAUGUAUGUAGAAGAGGAAGUAUUUGACUGUGACAACUUAUACCACUGUGGAACUUGUGACAGGCUGGUGAAAGCAGCAAAGUCGGCCAAAUUGCGUAAGCUGCCUCCCUUUCUUACUGUUUCAUUAUUAAGAUUUAAUUUUGAUUUUGUGAAGUGUGAACGAUACAAGGAAACUAGCCGUUAUACAUUCCCUCUCCGGAUCAAUCUCAAGCCUUUUUGUGAACAGAGUGAACUGGAUGACUUGGAAUACAUGUAUGACCUCUUCUCAGUUAUUAUACACAAAGGCGGUUGCUAUGGAGGACAUUAUCAUGUGUAUAUUAAAGAUGUUGAUCAUUUGGGAAACUGGCAAUUUCAGGAGGAAAACAGUAAAUCAGAUGUGAAUUUGAAAGAUCUUCAGAAUGAAGAAACUGAUGAUCCACUGAUGAUUCUGAAAGCAAUCUUAACACAGGAGGAGAGUAAUCGAAUUCCUGUUGAUCAGCUGGGCCAGAAACUUUUGAAGAAGGUAGGAAUAUCUUGGAACAAGAAGUACAGAAAACAGUAUGGACCACUGCGAAAGUUCUUACAGCUUCAUUCUCAGGUAUUUCGACUCAGUUCAGAUGCAAGCACAGUCCGUCUGCUGAAGGACUGUUCCCUGCAGGCGGAGUCUGAUUUCCCGAGGAGGGAUCGCCAGCUCUCCAAGAUACACACUUCAGAACCCCCAGGAUCAAAUGAUAGAACCUCCCGUCCCCACUGGUUUGAUAUAAACGACUCCAAGGUCCAACCCAUUGAGGAAAAAGAUAUUGAACAGCAGUUUCAGGGCAAAGAGAGCGCCUACAUGUUGUUCUACCGGAAAUCCCAGUUGCAGAGACCCCCCGAAGCUCAAGCUAAUCCAAGAUACAGGGUUCCACGUCAUUUGCUGAAUGAAAUGGAUGCAGCCAACAUUGAACUACAAACAAAAAGGGCAGAAUAUGAUUCUACAAACAAUUUAGAGCUGCACCUCCACCUGGGUCCUCAUUAUCAUUUCUUCAAUGGGGCCCUGCACCCAGUGGUCUCUCAAACAGAAAGCGUGUGGGAUUUAACAUUUGAUAAAAGAAAAACUUUAGGAGAUCUUCGACAAUCAAUAUUUCAGCUAUUAGAAUUUUGGGAAGGAGACAUGGUUCUUAGUAUUGCCAAGUUUGUACCAGCAGGACUGCACAUCUAUCAGACACUUGAUGGAGAUGACCUGACGCUGUGUGAGACUGAGCUCGCUGGUGAGGAGGACAUCUUCGUAUGGAACGGGGCGGAGGUUGGCGGGAUCCAGAUUUCAACUGGUAGCGACUGUGAACCUCUGCUUUUAAAUGUCUUCCACCUAGCAACAGGCCGCGACCAGUGUCAGCAGUUGGUAGAAUCUCCACAUGUCUUUCCUGCUAAUGCAGAAGUGGGCACUGUAUUCGCAGCCUUAGCCAUCCCAGGAGGCGCUGUCUUCACCAGCAGCGCCGGGUCUGUGGGCGAGGAGCGCUGGACCGCCGUUCCCACGGAGGGCCUGAAGAAGACCUUCAGGGAGCUCGGUCUCGGCAACGGAAGCGCGAUUUGGGUUCAGGGAUCCAGGGAUGGUGAUCACAGUUUGUUGACCAAACAAGGGAAAUGGAUUACUAGUGUGAAUGAGAUCGACUGGGUCCAAGUUAAUAAUUUAUGCCAAUUAGAAUCUGAAGAGGAGCAAGUUAAAAUAUCAGCAACUGUUAACACAGUGGUGUUUGAUAUUCGAAUUAAAGCCAUAAAGGAAUUAAAAUUAAUGGAGGAACUAGCUGAGAACAGCUGUUUGAGACCUAUUGAUAGAAAUGGGAAGCUUCUUUGUCCAGUGCCAGACAGUUGCACUUUGAAGGAAGCAGAACUGAAGAUGGGGAGCUCACUGGGUCUCUGUCCUGGAAGACCACCAACUUCCUCUCAGCUGUUCCUGUUUUUUGCUAUGGGAAGUGACAUUCAGCCUGGGACAGAGAUGGAAAUCAUAGUAGAAGAAACAAUAUCUGUGAGAGAUUGUUUAAAGAUAAUGCUGGAGAAAUUUGGCCUCCCAGGAGACACGUGGCAUUUACGAAAAAUGGAUUGGUGCUAUGAAGCUGGGGAGCCUUUGUGCGAAGAUGCAACACUGGAAGAGCUUGCGAUACGUUCUGGAGACACUCUGCUGUUAACUGAAGGGAAACUUCUUCCUCCGGGUCUCCUGAAGGUGCCCAUCUGGUGGUACCAGCCUCGGGGGCCCGAGGGUCAGGGGAAGAGCCAUCAGGACCAGAUGAACUGUACACCUUCUCAAGGUGGGGUCUGGAGAGCUACGUCCCCCCCAGGGGCUCCUGGUGACAUGCAUAUGGAAGUUCCCCUCCACCACCUGGGAGAUGUCGAAAUCUCAGAAGAUGCCACCUUAGUGGAGCUGAAGGCUCAGGCCAUGGCCUUGCCCUCCUUGUCAGAGUUGUUCAUCCCGUCCCCAGCCUGCCUCAGAGCCUGGACAGUGGACAGCAAACGCCCCGGCAGGCUUUUACGGAGAAACCAGCAGCCGCUCAGGGAAUAUAAGUUGGGAAGGAGACCUGAGAUCUGCCUAGAGCCGCUUCGGAAAGAAGAACACUUAGGCCCCCAGGACAUGCUGCUGAGGACACAGCGGCGCCUCCCCGGCCAGCAGGCGUGCGCCCCGCCCGCGGACAUGGUGUGGGACGCCACCCGGGCCACCGCCAGCUCCCUCCGGCAGCAAGUGGCUGCUUUCUACUCCCUUCCCGUGGACAAGACUGAAAUUGCCAAGUACCUCCCCGACAAGUCUGCGUGGCUUCCCGUGUCCAGCUGGAGCCAGCAAAUUACCAAGAGGAAAAAGAAGAAAAAGCAAGACAACUUGCUGGGGCCGCCUUAUUACUUGAAAGACGGAGAUGUCAUUGGUGUCAAGGGUCUCCUGGUGGGAGAGGAUGACGGCACUGGGAAGGAGAGCCCGGCGCAGCCUGCUCCCGGGAAGAGAAGCCAGGAAGCCCUUCGUGUCCAGAGCAGAGACCUCCCCGGGGCAGAGACGCCCGGUCGGCCCCACAGACCAGAAGCGUCCCUGUCCAUCCACGUGGGGAGUUUCAGAUAGCGCCGCACCGACGCCCGCUGGGACCAGAGCAGCUGAGGCCCAGAGCCUGGCUGGGAGCGGGCUCCGCCCCCCUGCUGACCCGCGUGGUUCCAUGAGCAGGCUUGUAGGUUUGCACACAGACCCAGCCUUUCUCAGGGCAGAGGGACGCCGGGUCCCGGGCCAGGGGAUCCCCUUUCUCCCGGCUGCGCAGCACGUGCCCCUCAGGCUGGGCCCAGGCACACGUGGCCCUCACCGCGCACUUGACCCCGGGGCCACCGCCGGAGCAUCUCGUCUGCAUUCGCCCCGACCUCGGAGCAGUCUGCCCCCCUCGCUGCCAGGUCACAAGGGCUGGCCAGGCCCGUGCCGGGGAGAAAGGGUAGUUGUGUCCUGGUCCCCACACGCACACAUUCCCCUCUGGUUCCGGUUCCAACUGGGCGUCUGAUCAGA